CUGAGUGACAGGCCCGUGGACAGCAACGUUGUCAACCGGACGCGAAGUUGGGCGGCCCUUGCCUCGGCUGAGCUGAGCUGAGCGGAGGAAGAAAAAGCAACGAAGAGUUGUAAUUUCGGGGAUCUGGAAUUGAACUGGCUAGGAAAGCGAGCACAGCACACAUCCAGAACUCUGUAAAAACCUGGCCUUUGGAACCAUUACGACUUGGCAGCCCUCCAGAGUUUAGACUUGGCGGCAUCAAGGACACACCAGAAGAAGGUAUUUUGGAGAUCAAAGAUGGGUAGAAAAGAUGCCUCUACUAUAAAACUUCCUGUGGAUCAGUACAGAAAGCAAAUUGGUAAACAAGAUUAUAAAAAGACCAAACCUAUUUUACGAGCAACCAAAUUAAAAGCAGAAGCAAAGAAAACAGCAAUAGGCAUAAAGGAAGUUGGCCUUGUUCUUGCGGCUCUGCUGGCUCUCCUGCUGGCUUUCUAUGCUUUCUUUUAUCUCAGACUGUCCACGGAUGUUGAACCUGACCUGGAACCAGAUGAAGAUUAGCAGUGCGGCAAGCGACACAUAAAAGAGAAAUAAUUUCAUAAAAACACCUCUUGGGACCAAUUCUUUCUGAAGGACUAAAACUGCAACAUCUUGGAUUCUUUCUGCUGGCACUUACAGGUGGCAGAAGUAUCUUUUCAAAUAAUUGCAUAGGCUAGCAAGAAGAGAGCCUUACCUCGCAAUGCAGUAAGAUGUAUGCCACUGGGGUUCUUUAUAACUCUCUCUACGCUGCCAGGCACCCUACACAUGGUCCAUUUAGAUAAAAUGGGAAAAAGACCCUAAAUUCUUCAGAGUCCUAGCCAGUUCAUGUGUCGAACUCCUAUCACUUACAGAUUGCUAAACCUAUUUUUCUUUCCAUGUGCAUGAUAAGUAAAGCUAUGUAUCUUCAUUUACAGAAACAUACUCAAAUCCCAUUUAGAGCCCAAGAAAGAACAAAACUCAUGGGAAAUUUUUCAUUUUACCAAGAAGCCCUGUUUUUUUCUCCCGACAUAUUUUAUAUCAUUAGAGAGACUAUCUGCAUAUACAUCUACAGUAAUCUUUUUCCUUCUUUGCCAACUGUUCAGUGCACAUGUGCGCCGUCAGAAAUGGCACCUGGAUGACAGAAGCGAAAAGAGCCACAUAUGUCUCUCAAAUAGCGUUCCUUCCCUCUUGGGCUGUCUGAACUGGUGUAAACAGAAAUUUCAGUUGAUCUUGAUUUUAAUUAACAUUAUUCUAUUAAAAUAAAAUUGAAAAUAUAUAUGUAUAAAAUUGGAAUUCUAUUUUAAUUAUGUUGUUCUGGCUGAUUGCAGUAUUAGUUUGCCCCUCUUCACUUGUUAGGGAAAUAUGUAGCAAUCUGUCUUUGAAAUCUAGCUAUCUUUUACACACAGCCAUAAUAGCAAAAGUUCCACCUACCCAUAAUCAUUUUUCUUAGGUUACCACUUAAAUCAGAAUAUUACCCAUUUGCUUAACAAGAUUGCAUCUGUCCCUUGAUAUUUGAACCAAUAGGACUCUUUGCUGGAAAUUAAAGAGUAAACGAAAACUGUAUGCCUCAUAUUGCUCUCAACUGUAGUUUCUGUCCAUGCUGCUUCAUCAGGUGUAUUGGUUUCUUAGAGCAUAAUAACCAAGAUGUUCAGUAUUUUUUACUGGGGAAGAAAUGUUUGGCUUAUUUGUAGAAUGCAUGAGCACAUACAGCUUAGAAGAUGGGGAACCAUGUGUCCACAGAGCAGUUUUCAGCUACAAUGGUGUAUAAAACGCAUAGAAAAUUGGAUUGUACACACUGUGUUCUAUUGUAUAUGUACUGUGUUCAUGAAAAAUGAAUAAAAUGAGAUGCUUGUGUCCAUACUGACCAAGAGAACAACACUUUGAUAAUUACCCUGGGAGUAUAGAGGAGUUUAUAAGCACAGUUAUUUUUUCAAAAAAAGUAUUCUUCAGUUCUUUGCACACAUGCAUAUGGCAGUGGAGCGUUGAAUAUGGCAGUGGAGCGUUCUUUACUGUAGAUUUUUUUUUUCAUGUAGCGUGAUUUAUUUCAUCAGUGUGAAAGAGCCAAAGGUUCCACUAUCCCCACAGAUCAUUGAAACCAAACCAUUGAGGACAGAAUUUAGCUAGUGUUAACUCUUGGAUUCUUCCCCUUCAGGUCACGAACUCAGGAGCCAGACCAAGCAUUCUUACACACUCACCACAGCUGACCCAUCCCAGUGGCAUUCUUAGGAAAGGUUGCAGCACUUAGUGCCAUGUGGCGUGUGUCUGCUCCUGAAGUGGGAAGCAAAGGGAUCGCCAAGCUGGCAUUUCGGAUAUGAUGGCCUUUUCCUUUCCUGAGUGGCAUGCCACAUGGCACGAAAUGCUGCUUUCCUCCACUCCCAUCACAUUUGCGUGAACACUUUUCAGUUAGUUAUUUCCCCUCCCAUAUGGUGUUGAAAACAGUCACUUUAAAAUGGAGAUUAUCUUCUCGUUUUAAAUGGUAAUUUAAAUGGGAAGCGAUGUAAUAAUUGUUGAUUUGACACCUAGAAAUUGAGGUAUGUCACAGUUUGAAGUACUUAAAAAUGCUGACCUACACUAUUGGAAAUGUUAGAAUAUGUAUUAUCUUACACAAGUCUCUGGCAUCCUGUUUGACUCUUUUAAGGUGUUCUUUUUGUGUGUGAGAAUAAAAUGUUUCUGAUUGUGA